CCAGGGGACGUCAGCAGCUUCCUCUCCACCGUGCCCGGGCUCCUCAAGGUGUUUGAAGCCUACGUGGCCUGUCUCAUCUUCUCCUUGCUGGAUAUCCAAGAUUUCAAAGCCGGCCUGCAGUGGUGCGUGGCCGUCUACUCCAUCUGCUUCAUCGUCACCUUCCUCAUCAUCAUCUUCACCAUUGGCCGGUGCCUCGCCAACAUGCCCUGCCCUCUGGAGAAGAUGCUGGUGGGCUACAACGCCCUGGCCCUGGUGAUGUACAUCACUGCCACCGUCCUCUGGCCCCUCUACAGC